GUCGCCUUUCUUCGUUCCUAUUCUGGGACCCUCUCUCCCCUCCCAUUCCCCCCUCCCCACAGUCGAGCCCGCAGCCUUUUUGGGCCGAGACGCGCCUCUCAGGCACUUCCCGCCGCAUGUCCGCACCGGCAGCUCGGCGGCUUAGUGAGGCGGCCGGGCGGUUGCCGCUUCGGCUGGCCUGCAUGGAUUCUUGCCGCGUGAGGAGGAGUCGAAGCCGCACGCCUCCCUUCUGCAGGGACGCCGUGCUGCAGGAGGCAUCCAGGACCAUCUCCGAGUUCUCCCCGGAGGCUGUCGCGGUGGCUGCUCGAGCUGUCCGGCGAGGAGGUGCCGUCCGCCCAGGACUCCCCGCUGGGCUCAGGGGAGGCGGGGGCCGCACAGCAGGGGGCGACGCCCCCGCGCGGGCGGAGGACGCUGCGCGAGGCGGAAACCGGCUCCCCCCGACCGCCGCAGCGCAGGCUGCAGCAGCGCCGCUCGGCGGAGGACGGGUCGACGCCGAGAGCCUCAAGGCGAGCUUCUCGGUGCUGCCGCAGCGGCCCGCCGCCACCACAGCUGCCCCAGGCACGGGGAACGAGGUGAUCCGAGGCACCGCCGCUGGGACGCCCCCUGGGAACCCAAGCGCGGGGAGAAGGGGAGACGGGAGGAAAUGGAGAUGCCCCCCUUCUUCUUCUCCUUCUUGCCUCCCUUGUGG